CCAGAAGUCCGCUUUUGUCCCAGAGCUUGGCGGCCAGCCUGUGCACAAAAUACAACUCCCAGGAUUCCCCGGGAGGAGCUCCCGGAAGUUGUAGUUCAUUCUACUUUCCGCUACCGCCCACCCUACCUAUCUUGUGGGAACCCGCGCCCUGGGCUCCGGCUCCGGAUGAGUACCUCCCGUAGUCAUCUCUUAGGAUUUUCUUUAUUGCCUUGUCUUUUUAUUUAUUUUUCUUUCUCGAUUUGUCAUUUUUCUCUCGGGUUUCCCCUGUUAGCUGUUACGCACGCCCAAGGACGACCGUUCAAGAGAAGCUGAGAGCAAGCGUUAACCCGGAAGGAGUGACCCGGAAGUGAAAAUGCUGAGAUGAAUCGUCACCUGUGUGCUUGGCUUUUUAGACAUUCAUCUCUUAAUGGUCCUCUCCAGUACCACUUCCAUCCCCAAUCUCAUCAGGUUACACAGAUCCAUUUUGAUACAAGGCUGUGGAUUUUUAGACAAAGCAGGAAUCCCAUUCUCCACCAUCUGUUAAAUAAGAAUUGUCCCAGGAGAUACUGUCAUCAGUCCAAGAUGCUGUGGAAGCAUAAAGCACUACAGAAAUAUAUGGAGGACCUGAACGAGGAGUACAGGACUCUUGACGACUGUUUGCAGCAUAUGUCUGUGAAUGAAGGGGACCGGAAGUCCCUGAAUCGAAGGCAUGCUGAGUUGGCGCCACUUGCAGCCAUUUACCAAGAAAUUCAGGAGGCUGAACAAGCAAUUGAAGAAUUAGAUUCAAUGUGUAAAAGUCUAAAUAAACAAGAUGAAAAGCAGUUACAAGAACUCGCAUUGGAAGAGAGGGAAACCAUCGCUCAAAAAAUCCAUAUGUUAUACAGUGAGCUUUUCCAGAGUCUAGUGCCAAAGGAGAAAUAUGACAAAAAUGAUGUUAUUUUAGAGGUGACAUCUGGAAGAACUACUGGAGGUGAUAUCUGCCAACAGUUCACUCGUGAAAUAUUUGAUAUGUACCAGAAUUAUUCAAGCUAUAAAAACUGGAAAUUUGAACUCCUGAAUUAUACACCAGCUGAUUAUGGUGGGCUGCAUCACGCAGCUGCCCGAAUUUCUGGUGACAGUGUCUACAAGCAUCUGAAGUAUGAAGGUGGGAUUCACCGAGUUCAGCGAAUCCCUGAGGUGGGCCUGUCAUCAAGGAUGCAGCGCAUUCACACGGGAACCAUGUCUGUUAUCGUCCUCCCUCAGCCAGAUGAGGUAGAUGUGAAGGUGGACCCGAAGGAUUUGCGGAUAGAUACAUUUCGAGCCAAAGGAGCAGGAGGACAGCAUGUUAAUACAACAGAUAGUGCUGUCAGACUUGUCCAUAUCCCCACAGGGCUUGUAGUAGAAUGCCAACAAGAACGAUCACAGAUUAAAAAUAAAGAAAUAGCUUUGCGUGUGUUGAGAGCUAGACUCUACCAGCAGAUGAUUGAGAAAGACAAGUGUCAGCAACAAAGUACUAGAAAACUGCAGGUGGGAACAAGAGCCCAGUCAGAGAGAAUUCGGACAUAUAAUUUCACCCAGGAUAGAGUAACUGACCACAGAAUAGCAUACGAAGUUCGUGAUAUUAAGGAAUUUUUAUGUGGGGAGAAGUGUCUGGAUCAGCUAAUUCAGAGACUCCUUCAUUCAGCAGAUGAAGAAGCCAUUAUUGAAUUUUUGGACAAAAACCUUAAAUCAGCAAAAUAAGUGCAGAUUUAUUAUUUUUUAUUAUAUAAAGGAAAUGGACCUAUAUCAAGAAGCAGCUGUUUAUAAAGUACAGCUAAAAUUACACAGGACGUACAAAUAUAUUUUUUAAUGAGUAAGUCACAUUUCUUGACUCAAGAGCUUAUAAAGUACAGUCCAACUCUUCAAGCAGAAAAUAAGGAUGCACUGUUGAAAAGAGAAAUGAAAUUUUGAAAAUUGAUUAUGUGAUACAGGCUUAUAAACUUUGUAAACCCAUAUUUCAAGAAAAGUAUUGUAAAUCAUAUUAAAAUUAGGCUUUUAACUACUACUUUUAAACAAACAAAUACAAAAAUUGUGAAGAAUGGGAGUCACUAACAGCAUCUCCAGGAUAUAGAUUGUAGAGCUCUUGGAGAGUGGAACUAAUUCUGUACUGUAUAAACUACAAGCCAAUAUUUAAAGUGAACUCUC